AUGUCGAACAAAGAAAGUGUUCAAUCUUUUCUUGAGGACGUGAGUGUGAAGUUUGUCGUGGACAAGGUGCGCGAGCUGUUGCAGCUGCCGAGUCACACCUGGGAGAAGAGUGCUGCAGGUGAAGACUUUCAACAGCUUCUGAGAGUCUUCUUGGAGAAGGAGACAGUUUUGUUUUUCUCCUCGUCAAAAGAACAUGGUCUGAUUGCUUCUCAUGAGGUCCCCGCUGUUGCUGAAAACAGGCACAUAUAUGUUUUUAAGAAGAGAAAAGUUCAUAUUCAUUCGGAGAACUACAAGAAUAUACUGCUUUUUGGCCUUCUGUCCUCACCACCACAGCUACAGCUAUCACACAUAACUGAGCAGGUAUGUGUCCCACUGCUGACAAAUGACAAAAAUCAUCACAUGUGGACAAAGUUGAUGUCUGAAGAAGUUGCUCAUCAUGCUGAAAGCAUUUGCAGUAAGACUUUAGUUGUACAAGGACAGAUUUUAGGGAGAACUAUCCUCCCUAUCCCAACCACCACUGACUGGAUGGAGAAAUCAUACAUGCAUAAAAUCUAUGACCGGGCACUGGUCUAUGCCAUAGAGUCCCAGGUUAUCAACUGGUCCAGUCUGAUCCAGAAAAUUUUAAAGGAGGACUCAUCAGACCUAUUCAGGACAGGCUGUAAUCCAGGGCCCAGUGCAGAGCUAACAUUUUGGGCUUCUAGAAAAUGCAAUCUAGAAAGUAUUUACCAUCAGCUUCAGAGUCCCAUUGUUGAAAUGAUGGAGAAUAUACUGGAGGUGGUGGACAGCAGCUAUCAUCCCACAGUCAAGAUUCUGAUUGGAAAUGUGUCUAAUGCACUUAAAGAAGCCAAAGACAUUGACCUUUACCUGCAGCCACUGAAUGCACAACUGGCUCAAGUAGAAACAGAAGGAUUUCUUCAUAUGGAAAAAUACACCCCCCCACUUUUUCACACCGUAUUUCUUAUUUGGACCAAUUGCCUGCAUUAUCAAAGGCCGGAACGCAUUGUGGUGCUACUACAAGAGCUCUGCAAUCUGAUCAUUGAACAGGCUUCUGCAUACCUGUCUGCAGAUCUGCUACUUAGAGAGGAUCAAGAGGAAAUUCUUCAAAUGGUAAAGAAGGUACUCAAAGUUCUGAACUGUUUCAAAGAGAGUUAUCAAACCCAGAAGGAGCGGCUGGCCAACCAAGAGAAUCACACACCCUGGGAUUUCCCUGCUGCCGUGAUUUUUUCCCAUUUUAGUCCAUUUUUUAAUCGUAUGCUACAGCUUGAGAACUUCUUGGAAGUUAUGUUGAGCUUUCAAAGAAUGGAAAAACUGGAGUUUGGUGGGCUCAAAGGAAGGCUGUACAACGAGCAAGUUGCCAGAAUGUACAAGGAUCUCAGAAACCACUGCCAUGCACUGAAACACAGUGACUCUAACCCACUUGACUUCAGCUCUCAGCAUUUUGAAGACGAGUAUAAAGCUUUCAAAAAAAGAGCUGAAGACUUGGAAUGCAGUUUUGCCAACCUGCUUUGUUUGGCUUUUAAAGACUGCACAGGACUGGAAUCAGCCUUGAAUAUGUUAACUAUUGUUGGACCAUUCCUGGAGAAAAGACCUAUCAGACAGAUCUUCAGUCCUUGUUUUCUUCUGCUUGAGCAUCAUUUCAGAGAAGAGCUGGAGAAUUGUAAAUGUCUGUUUAAAUCUCAGCUCAACCAGAUGGAGAGUGGCCUGACAAAGAACAUGCCACGCAUAUCUGGAGCUCUAAAAUGGGCAAAAAUGCUGAGAGAACGCAUUCAAAUACCUUUUGAGAAGAUCAAAUUAUUGUUGGACGUGUCUAUAGAAGGAGUGAAGAUGGAGAAUGUGUACCAAAUGUACAUGGAGAUGCUGAGUCUUCUAAAUCAGUAUGAAAAGAGGAUUUAUUUUGACUGGUGUGAUGGUUUGGAGCAGACCUGCUUGAUCAACCUGAGCCAACCUCUCAUUUCAAGAAAUUCCUCUUCUGGCCUGAUUUCAGUCAAUUUUAAUCCAAAGCUCACUGAAAUCUUAAAAGAUGUGAAAUAUCUUUACGCUGUCAAUCAGAUCAACAUACCUGCAACAGCCAUAGCAGUUUUUGAGAAGCGUGACAUGUUCACAAAGUACACGAGCAGUUUGCAUCUGUUAGUGCAAUGGUACAACAAUGUAAAGAGCAUGUUAGAGGUGGAACUUCCACUCAUCAAGUCUGAGCUGCAGACCAUAGACCUGCUGCUGGUGAAAGCAGAAACCAGUUUAACAUGGCAGGAUCAGGACUGUUGGGGCUUCAUCGAAACCACAAAGGAUUGUGUUAAAGACCUUGCUCAGCAAGUCAGUAAAGCCAAGGAAAACUGUGAUGCCAUUCAGUCGGUGAUGAAGAGGUGGAGCAAAAAUGUCAUGUUCUGCAGAAAGGACAAGAAAGGCUCGCUCAUACAGCUGGAUGACAGAGCAGACUACAUCAAGAAGAUGUACAGCUCCAUGAAGAAGGACGGAGACUUCAUACAUCAGCUGCUGGAGGAAAACAUGGUUCUUUUUCAUGCUGACCCUGCUUCAGAGGAGUGGCAGUCCUACCUGGAAUAUGUGGAUGAAGUAGUGGUGGAGGGGCUCUUCGGUUACAUCAGUCACUCCCUUCAAUUCUUUUUGGACAGCAUGGACGUCAGGUCCAGCCAAGCUCCUCUGUUUGAGGCUCGGUUGAUGCUGAAUGCCUCGCGGUUGACCUUUCAUCCUUUUAUGGAUCGAGAUGUGGGAGAUGGUCUCUAUGCGCUGGUAGAGGGACUGAUUGAAGACAUUUUUAAAACUACAGUGAAUAUCAAAAGAGUGGCUGCUCACCUCAGCACAGACAGCUAUCAGGAUGUGAUGGAUGGUGUCCAAGACUUGUCAAACAUGAGACAAGAAAUAAUGAAUAGAGUAGACAACAUCCUGAAAGCAUUGAACAACUACCAAAGGAAGUUUGAUUGCUACACCCAUCUAUGGGAAGAUGACAGAGCAGAGUAUCUCCAGCAGUUUCUUAGAUAUGGACGUGGAUUUACAACUGAGGAGCUGGAAGCUAAAAGAACAGACCUUCUUCCUGAAAAUCCCCCUACAAUCAAUACCUUCAAGGAACAGAUUGAUUAUUAUGAGAACCUGCAUGCUGAAGUUUCCCAGCUGGAAAACUUUCAGGUUUUUGAUGGAUGGCUUCAGGUGGAUAUUAAAUUCUUCAAAGCUAGCCUUCUUAACACGAUAAAAAAGUGGAGCUGGCUUUUCAAAGAGCACCUUUUCACCUAUGUGACUAACAGUCUGGAUGAGCUGCAGACGUUUCUCCAAGUGACUGCAGAGGGACUGAACAAUCCUGUUGGUAAAGGCGACCACCAAGGUCUAGUGGAAAUCAUGAGCCACCUGCUAGCUGUCAGAGACAGACAAAGCAUCACCGACAAGAUGUUUGAGCUUCAUGGAGAGACGAUUGUUCUUCUAGAACACUAUGGUGUGACAAUACCAGAGCAGUUUUACUCUCAAAUGGAGGAGCUUCCGGAGAAAUGGAAUAAAGUAAAAAAACUGGCUUUAAAAGUAAGACAAGAGGUUGCACCCAUGCAAAGUGCGGAAGUGAUGGUUUUGCGACAACAGUGCAUGGAUAUUGAGAUAAAACAAACAAAAUUCAGGGAGCUCUUCAAAGCAACAGCACCCUUCAGUUACAAUGCAGUGAAUCCCUAUGCUUGUCUGGAUAAAUGUGAAAAAGCUAUUCAAGAAAUGGAACAAGAGGUAUCAGAGCUCAAAGAGUCCACAAAUCUGUUUGAUGUAGCUAUUCCUGACUACAAAGACAUCAAGUGCUGCAGACGAGAAAUUGAUGUCCUUAAAGAGCUGUGGGACAUUGUGGUAUAUGUCCAGAGAACUGUUGAAAACUGGACAGUGACCAAAUGGAGGCAGGUAAACACAGACCAGAUGGAUGCAGAAUUAAGGAGCUUUGCCAAAGACAUACGGAAGCUUGACAAAGACGCUCGCAUGUGGGAUGUGUAUACUGCAUUUGAUCUUUAUGUGAAGAACUUGCUGACGUCACUGCGGGCUGUUAGUCAACUGCAGAAUCUGGCCAUACGCGAGCGACACUGGGUGCAGCUAAGUAGAACAACACAGAUGGACUUUUCUGUGACAGACAACACCACCUUGGGGGACCUUUUGGCUUUAAAUCUUCAUUUAUUUGAAGAGGAAGUUCGCACUGUAGUGGAUUAUGCCGUAAAAGAAAUGGCUAUAGAGAAGGUUGUAACUGAAAUAAGUCAAACAUGGGCUUCAAUGGAGCUUUCAUAUGAAGAACACUACCAGAGCUUUGUGCCACUGCUUAAAUGUGAUGAGGUGCUUAUUGAAACCCUUGAGGAUCAUCAGAUUCAGCUCCAGAGUGUCUUUCAGAGCAAACACGUAGAUCACUUUCUGCUGCAAGCAGUGGAGCUACAAAACCAGCUGACUGUAGCAGACUCUGUGCUGGUGGUUUGGAUGGAGGUCCAAAGGUCAUGGGUUGACCUCGAAAGCAUCUUCAAAGGCUUUGACGAUAUUCACCAACAACUUCCUGCAGAUACACAACGAUUCCAAGCAGUAGAUGCUGAAUUUCAGGAGCUGAUGUUGAAUAGUGCCAAGACUAAAAAUACUAUUGAGGCCACUAACAAACCAAAACUACUUAACAAGUUAGAGGACUUGCAAAAAAGGCUGGCCUUAUGUGAAAAAGCUCUUACCGAAUACUUGGAGACAAAGAGAAUCGCUUUUCCGCGAUUUUACUUUAUAUCAUCCACAGACUUGUUGGACAUCCUCUCUAAAUGGAAUCGUCCAAGGGAGGUAACUGUUCAUCUGUCAAAACUUUUUGAUAACUUGUCAGACCUUGAGUUUGCCAAAAAUGAGCAGUUGCAUAACCGCACACGAGCUGUGGGAAUGUACAGCAAGGAGAGAGAAUUUGUCCCAUUCCAAACUGAAUGUUGCUGUUAUGGACCGGUGGAGACAUGGCUUGCUUGUCUUGAAGAGUCCAUGAAGGAAUCUAUACGAAGCCACGUGUUUGAAGCUGUGUCUGUGUACGAGGAUAGACCCAGAGAGCAGUGGAUUCUUGAAUUCCCUGCUCAGGUUGCUCUCACUGGAUCACAGAUCUGGUGGAGUAAUGAUAUGGAGCUUGUGUUUAAAAGGCUGGAGGAAGGAUUUGAGUCAGCACUGAAAGACUACAACAAGAAACAGGUUUUUCAGCUCAACUUGCUGGUUGGCAUGUUGCUGGGAGAGUGGAGCCCAGGUGACAGACAAAAGAUUAUGACUAUCUGCACUGUUGAUGUCCACGCUAGAGAUGUUGUCGCCAGCCUUAUUGCUCAAAAGGUCUCCACCUCACAGUCAUUUCAAUGGCUUUCCCAGCUUCGGCACUGCUGGAACGAGCAGCUUCACCACUGCUUUAUAAACAUCUGUGAUGCGCAGUUUCUUUACUCAUACGAGUACAUUGGAAAUAUGCCACGCCUGGUCAUCACGCCCCUCACUGACAGAUGCUACAUCACGUUGACUCAGUCUCUUCACCUGACCAUGAGUGGAGCCCCAGCAGGCCCAGCUGGAACUGGGAAAACGGAGACCACAAAAGAUCUUGGCAGAGCCAUGGGUGUCAUGGUUUACAUUUUUAACUGUUCUGAACAGAUGGACUACAAGUCUAUUGGAAACAUCUUCAAGGGCCUGGCUCAGACUGGAGCAUGGGGCUGCUUUGAUGAAUUUAAUCGUAUCCCCGUGGAUGUUCUGUCCGUCGUCGCAGUGCAAGUCAAAACCAUUCAGGACGCAAUUCGGUCGAAAAAGGAAAAGUUCCUGUUUCUCAAUCAGGAGAUUGUCUUAAAACACUCCGUUGGAAUUUUCAUCACUAUGAACCCUGGCUAUGCAGGCAGAGCAGAACUACCUGAGAACCUCAAGGCUCUUUUCAGGCCCUGUGCCAUGGUGGUACCUGACACUGAGCUUAUUUGUGAGAUCAUGUUGGUGGCCGAGGGCUUCUGUAGUGCUAAGCUGUUAGCCAGGAAGUUUACUACUUUAUACAAUGUCUGCAAAGAAUUGCUCUCAAAGCAGGAUCACUAUGAUUGGGGUUUACGAGCUGUAAAGUCUGUGCUGGUUCUAGCUGGUGCACUGAGGAGAAGAAACAAAAAGAGACCGGAGGAUCAGGUGCUGAUGCGUACAUUGAGGGACUUCAACUUGCCUAAAAUUGUGACUGAGGACAUCCCUGUCUUCUUGGGGCUGCUUGGAGACCUGUUCCCAGGUGUGGAAGUGGAGAAAGAAAGAGACUGUGAUUUUGAGAAGGCCAUCAGAGAAACCACUCUUGAGCUUGAACUGCAGCCUGAGGAAACAUUUAUCCUCAAGGUUGCACAGCUGGAGGAACUCAUGGCCGUGCGUCACUCUGUGUUUGUUGUCGGAAGUGCAGGGACUGGGAAAAGCCAGAUCUUGAGAGUGCUUCACAAAACAUAUGUAAACUUGAGGAGGAAGCCGGUCUGGAGUGACCUCAAUCCAAAGGCCAUAGACAGAGACGAACUGUUUGGCUUCAUUCACCCUGCAACUCGGGAGUGGAAAGAUGGUUUGCUUUCUUCACUGAUGCGAGAGCAGGCAAACAUCUCCCACCCUGGGCCUAAGUGGAUUGUGUUGGAUGGAGACAUUGAUCCGAUGUGGAUUGAAUCGCUCAACACAGUGAUGGAUGAUAACAAGGUUCUGACUCUUGCCAGUAAUGAGCGUGUACCGCUUACACCAUCCAUGAGACUGGUAUUUGAAAUCAGCCACCUAAAGAUGGCCACUCCUGCCACAGUGUCUAGAGCAGGAAUCCUCUUUGUUAACCAACAGGACCUGGGCUGGAACCCGUAUGUUGCAAGCUGGAUUGACCAACGACAACGCCAGACAGAAAGGGCUCAUCUCACAAUACUGUUUGAAAAAUAUGUUCCACGUUGUUUGGAACAAAUGAAAAGCACAUUCAGAACAAUUACUCCAAUCCCCGAGAACUCUAUGGUGCAGACGCUCUGCACUUUGCUUGACUGCCUUCUAACACCAGAAAACAUUCCAGCUGAGUCCCCACGUGAGGUCUAUGAGACAUAUUUCACAUUUGCCUGCAUCUGGGCUUUCGGUGGAGCCCUCUGUCAAGAUCAGCUUCAUGAUUAUCGAGUAGAGUUUAGUCAGUGGUGGACCAAAGAAAUGAAGACUGUGAAGCUGCCUGCACAAGGGACAGUGUUUGACUACUACCUUGACCAUCAAAGCAGACGUUUUCUGCCCUGGGCUGAUACUGUGCCACAGUUUGAAAUGGAAACUUCCUCAGCAUUACAGGCUGUUCUGGUACACACAGCAGAGACUGUGCGUCUUUGGUACUUCAUGAACUUGUUGCUGGAGAAGAGACAGCCAGUGAUGCUUGUGGGGAAUGCUGGAGUGGGAAAGACUGCACUCAUCAGGAACAAGUUGGAUACUCUGCCAGAUAGUUACACAGUCUCAAAUGUACCCUUUAACUAUUACACAACCUCCCUCAUGUUGCAAGAGAAUCUUGAGCAACCACUAGAGAAAAGAGCAGGAAGAAGCUACUUUCCUGCAGGCAACAAGAAGCUGGUUUACUUCAUAGAUGACAUGAACAUACCAGCUGUGGACAGUUAUGGAACAGUGCAGCCUCAUGCACUUAUACGCCAACAUCUGGAUCAUGGGCACUGGUACUGCAGACAAAAGCUGGCUUUAAAAAAAAUACAAAAUACUCAGUAUGUUGCCUGUAUGAAUCCAACUGCCGGGAGCUUCGUCAUAAACCCCAGGUUACAGCGACAUUUCUCAGUGUUUGCAGUGAACUUUCCUUCAUCUGAGGCUCAGAUGUCAAUCUACAGUCAAAUCUUGUGUGGCCAUUUGAAUCAGCAAUGUUUCAGCUUGUUGGUUCAGAGAAGCUCUGCAGCUGUUGUCCAAGCUCUCAUAACUCUUCAUCACAAGAUGGUUCAUAAUUUCCUCCCUACCGCCAUCAAGUUUCACUACACGUUUAAUCUCAGAGACAUAUCUAAUGUACUACAGGGCAUUCUUUUAUCUGACUCGGACAGUGUGAGAGAAAGUAAUGAUCUAGUGAUGUUGUGGCUCCACGAGUCCAGCAGAGUAUAUUCAGACAGAUUGGUAGAUGUGAAAGACCUUCAGCUCUUCCAGAAGCUCCAGAUGGAGACUGAGCGUGAAUGCUUUGAGGAACAGGAGUACAAAACGGUGAACAAACAGCCCCUCCUCUAUUGCCGUUUUGCCCACAUGGGUGCUGGACUCUCUUAUGUCCCUGUCACGAGCUGGUCCACGCUCAGAACAAUCCUCACAGAUGCCCUAGAAAGCUACAAUGAUCUCUAUCCAACCAUGAAUCUGGUGUUGUUUGAAGAUGCUAUGCAACACGUCUGUCGCAUCAGUCGUAUCCUGGAGGCUCCAAGGGCUCAUGGUUUACUGAUUGGAGUAGGAGGAAGUGGAAAACAGAGUCUGACUCGCCUGGCUGCCUACAUAUCCUCUGUAGAAGUCUUUGAAAUCACUCUGAGAAUAGGUUACAAUAUCCAGGACCUUAAGAUGGAUUUGGCAGAAUUACUUCUUAAGGCUGGAGGAAAGAAUCGGCGCGUGGCUUUGCUCCUGAGUGAUGCACAGAUACCUGAUGAGCAUUUCAUGGUUCUUAUUAAUCACCUGCUGGCAUCAGGUGAAAUUCCAGAGAUCUUCAAUGAGGAAGAGAUUGAAGAAAUUGUAUCCAGUGUGAGAGCUGAGGUACGAGAGCUGGGCCUGCUGGACAACAGGGAGAAUUGCUGGAGGUUCUUCACAGCCCGAGUGCAACUACAACUCACGGUAGUACUGUGCUUGUCUCCUGUGGGAAGCACCCUGCGUGUCAGAGCUCGUCGAUUCCCGGCCCUUGUCAACUGCACAACAAUCAACUGGUUUCAUCCUUGGUCAGCUGAAGCUCUGCAGUCAGUCAGUUACAGGUUCAUCCAGGAGAUUGAAGGCAUUAAGCCUGCAGUCCAGGAAUCCAUCAGUCUUUUCAUGGCCCACGUUCACACCAGUGUCAACCAGGCAAGUGAAAAAUACUUACGAAAUGAGAAGAGGUACAAUUACACCACCCCCAGGAGCUUUCUCCAGCAAAUCACCCUGCACAGAAACCUUCUGGCAAAAAGCCGGGCUCAGCUUCAGCAGAAGAUGAACCACCUUGAAAAUGGCCUUCAGAAGCUCCAGAGCACUGCUGCGCAGGUGGAAGAGCUAAAAGCAAAGUUAGCAUCACAAGAAGUUGAGCUAACCGUGAAAAAUGACAAUAUUGAAGCUAUAAUAGUAAAGAUUGGACUGCAGAGUGAGAAGGUUAGCAAGAAGAGAGAGGCUGCAGAUGUGGAAGCACAAAAGGUUGCUGCCAUGCAGGCAGAGAUCGCUUUGAAACAAAGAGACUGUGAAAGUGACUUAGCCAAGGCAGAGCCAUCCUUGGCAGCUGCAGUAGAAGCACUGAACACCCUCAACAAGGUGAAUCUUACUGAACUGAAAGCUUUCCCAAACCCUCCAGCAGCGGUAAUCAACGUUGCAGCGGCUGUGAUGGUGCUGCUGGCCCCACACGGGCGUGUGCCAAAAGAUCGGAGCUGGAAGGCGGCGCGGGCCUUCAUGGGCAAGGUGGAUGAUUUCCUGCAAGCCCUGGUGUCCUAUGAUAAAGAACACAUCCCUGAAUCUUGUCUGACUGUGGUGAAACAGCAGUAUCUAAGAAAAGCUGACUUUCAUCCAGAAUUAGUCUGGACUAAAUCCACAGCUGCAGCUGGACUUUGUGCCUGGACUAUUAAUAUUGUCAGAUACUACGAGAUUUAUUGUGAGGUUAUCCCUAAAAGGUGUGCAUUAUCACAAGCUAAUGCAGAUCUAGAAACAGCAACAGCCAGAAUGUUGGUAGUUCGAAAGAAAUUGGCAGGUCUUGAUGCCAGCCUCCGGAGCCUAACAGCUCAGUUUGAGAGGGCUACAGCUGAAAAAAUCUGUUGUCAGGAGGAGGUGGCACGAACCACCCAGACCAUAGUGCUGGCCAACCGGCUAGUUGAAGGCUUAGUGUCAGAGCGGGAGCGCUGGUCCCAGGCAGUUAUCCAAUAUGAAAAGCAACGGGAAACCCUGUGUGGUGACAUUCUUCUCACUUCAGCCUUUGUCUCUUACAUGGGUUAUUUUACCAGCCAGUAUCGUACAGAGCUUUUUAAAAACGCUUGGAUCCCUUUUCUUCAGUCUCAAAAGGUCUCUGUGCCCCUGACAGAUGGCCUGGAUCCAGUCAUCAUGCUUACAGAUGAUGCCACUGUAGCUGCCUGGCAGAACCAGGGCUUGCCAAAUGACAGGAUGUCAACUGAAAAUGCAGCCAUCUUGACCACCAGUGAGCGUUGGCCACUAAUCAUCGACCCGCAGCAGCAGGGCAUCAAGUGGAUCAGAAAGCUACUCGGGCCAGAGCUGAGGGUGGUGCGAUUGGAACAGAAAAGUUAUCUGGAUGUGAUUAAACAAGCUCUUGUCUGCGGUGAACCAGUGCUGAUAGAGAAUCUGCCAGAAAAAAUAGACCCAAUUCUGGAGCCUCUGUUAGCAAGAAGAACGAUUAAAAAAGGAAGAUAUAUUCUUAUUGGGGGCAAGGAGUGUGAAUAUAAAAGUAGCUUUAAGCUCAUUCUUCACACAAAGUUGGCCAAUCCACAUUUCCCUCCAGAGCUCCAGGCCCAGACCACCCUCAUUAACUUCACUGUGACUCCUAUGGGCCUGGAGGUACAACUGCUGGGACAAGUAGUGUCCAAAGAGAGGCCUGACCUGGAGGCUCUGAAGAUGCAGCUGACCAUACAGCAGAAUCACUUCAAGAUUGAGCUGAAGAGGUUUGAAGAUGACCUGCUGAGUCAUCUUUCUGAAGCCUGUGGUAAUUUUCUAAGUGAUAAUUCUCUGGUGGAGCAACUUGAAAAUACCAAGAACAUGGCCGCUCACAUACAGUGCAAGGUGGUGGAGGCCAGAGAGAACGAGACAAAGAUCAACGAGGCUCGGGAACUAUACCGCCCAGCAGCUGAAAGAGCAUCGCUCCUUUUUUUUAUCAUCAAUGACCUCAGCAAGAUUAAUUCCAUGUACCAGUAUUCACUCAAGGCCUUUAACUCGAUGUUUAACAAAGCAAUGGAUCAUGCAGAAUGGGACGAGGAUGUGAGGACCAGAGUGCAAACUCUCACUGAGGCCAUCACCUAUUCUGUAUUCUUGUACACCACCCAGGGCCUGUUUGAGAGAGACAAGUUAACCUUCUUGUCACACACGGCCUUCCAGAUUCUGCUCGGUCAGAGCCUGAUUGAUCCCCAGGAGUUUUACUACCUUCUGCACUUCCCAGUGGAAGCUUUGAAAGUUAGCGCCGUGCCUUUUCUCUCUCCACAUGCAUGGGGGGCCAUUAAGACAAUUUCUGCUGUAGAAGACUUCAAUGGACUUGACAAAGACGUGGAGAGCUCACCGAAGCGCUGGAGGAAGAUUGUUGAGUCCAGCUGUCCUGAAAAUGAAAGGCUUCCACAGGACUGGAAAAACAAGAGUUCUCUGCAGAAGCUCAUAAUCCUGAGAACACUUCGACCUGACAGAAUGACUUAUGCACUAAAAAAGUUUGUGGAAGAAAGCCUGGGAACCAAAUAUGUGGAGACUGACAGGUUGGAUUUUGACAAGCUGUAUGAGGACAGUGGUCCCUCAACCCCUAUGUUCUUCAUCCUGUCACCUGGAGUGCAUCCUCUCCAAGAAGUUGAGAAACUCGGUUUUAAGCUGGGGUUUUCCAUUGACCAAGGGACUUUACACAACGUGUCUCUGGGACAGGGUCAAGAGGAAGUAGCUGAGAGGGUUCUUACAGUUGCUUCUAAGCAGGGACACUGGGUAAUUUUGCAGAAUGUACACCUCGUGGCUCGCUGGCUGCCUUUUCUAGAUGCCUUUCUGGAAAUGGCAGCAGUGGACAGUCAUCCCAGCUACAGGAUUUUCAUAACUGGAGAGCCAAUACAGAGCCCUGAGCAGCAUGUAAUCCCUAGAGGUUUGCUAGAAAAUGCCAUCAAAAUCACAAAUGAGCCUCCCUCUGGCAUGAAUCACAGUUUGCAUGCUGCCCUCAACAACUUCAGUCAGGAUACUCUGGAUAUGUGCUCCAGGGAACAAGAGUUCAACUCCAUGUUGUUCUCUCUGUGUUUCUUCCAUGCCUGUGUAACCGAGCGCCGUAAGUUUGGUCCACAAGGGUGGAACCACUACUACCCCUUCAACACAGGAGACCUCACCAUCUCAGCCAACGUGUUGUACAACCACCUGGAGGCUAACACCAAAGUCCCUUGGGAGGACCUGUGCUAUCUAUUUGGAGAGAUCAUGUAUGGAGGACACAUUACUGAUGACUGGGAUAGACGACUGUCCAAGACCUACCUGCAACAAUUCAUGCAUCCAAAGAUGUUUGAAGCUGAACUCUUUCUGUGCCCGGGGUUCCUUGCUCCUCCGUUCUCAGACUACAGCGGCUAUCAAACUUAUAUCGAUGAACAUCUCCCCUCUGAGAACCCAUCUUUGUACGGCCUCCAUCCGAACGCUGAGCUCGAGUGUCUCACUGUCACCUCAGAAAACCUCUUUAGGACUCUGCUGGAGCUGCAGCCACAGGACUCGGCAAGGGAAGACGAUGUGGCUCAAAGCACAGAGGAGAAGGUUGUGUCUAUAAUUGAAGACAUUCUGGAGAAGCUUCCAGAAGAAUAUAAUGUAUCAGAAAUGAUGACAAAGACAACAGACCGUAGCCCCUACACAUUAGUGUGCUUUCAGGAGUGUGAACGCAUGAAUGUUCUUGUAGCAGAAAUAAAAAGGUCCCUCUAUGAGCUGCACCUUGGCUUAAAGGGAGAACUCACCAUUUCCCCCAGUAUGGAGACUCUACAGUCUGCUCUAUUCAAUGACUUAGUCCCAGAAUCCUGGGCUCAUUUGGCUUAUCCCUCCACUAAAACACUGACACAAUGGUUGAGUGAUCUAACUUGCAGCUGUCACGAGCUGGACGGUUGGACUCAGGACUUUGUCAUACCGGCAGUCGUUUGGCUUUCAGGGCUUUUCAACCCACAGUCUUUCCUCACUGCUGUGUUGCAAAGUAUCGCUCGCAGGAAUCAGUGGCCUCUGGACCGGGUGACUCUGACUGUUGAUGUAACGAAGAAGAUGAAAGAUGACUUUGGACAUCCUCCAAGAGAGGGGGCCUACAUCCAUGGACUCUUCAUGGAAGGAGCACGUUGGGACACUCAGUCUGGUGUUAUCUCUGAAGCGGUCUUGAGAGACCUAACCCCCUCUAUGCCUGUGUUGUACGUCAGAGCUGUACCUGCAGAGGAGCAAGAGAUCAAAAACACUUACAUGUGUCCAGUGUACCGCACCAAGCAGAGAGGGCCCACGUAUGUGUGGGCUUUCCACCUCCGAACCAAACAGUCACCAGCUAAGUGGGUGGUAGCUGGAGUUGCGUUGCUUUUGUCCGUGUGA